AUGAAUUCGUUGUUGACUUCAAUUUUGUGUUUGAUAUCUUUUCAUAUAAUAUUUUCAAAUGCCUUUUAUAUUCCGGGUAUUUCAGCCAACACGUAUCAUCCUGGGGACCCUAUUGAAUUGGAGGUUAACCGUUUGACGCCUUCUAUGUAUUUUGAGCAUACUGAUGAAAAUGGGCAAAGUGUGGCUAAUGAUAAAGAACAUUUCUUAUACUCGUAUGAUUAUUAUUAUGAUAAAUUUCACUUCUGUAGACCUGAAAAAGUCGAAAGGAAAUCUGAAUCCUUAGGUUCUGUAUUAUUUGGUGAUAGAAUAUAUAAUUCACCUUUUGAACUUUACAUGCUGGAACCAAAAGAAUGUGUACCAUUGUGUAAAACUACUAUCCCAGCAGAUGAUGCUAAGUUUAUUAACAAGUUGAUUAAGAAUGGAUUUUUCUAUAAUUGGUUGAUUGAUGGCUUACCUUCUGCUAGAAAGAUUUAUGACUCUAAAACUGAAUCAAUAUUUUACAGUUCUGGUUUCCCAUUGGGAUCAGUUUCCGUUGAACAUAUGUCAGGUGGUAGUAAAGUUACCAUCCCAGGUGUUUCCAAAUUAGUCAAUGAAGCUGUUAAAGCUUAUAAAAAACGUGAAGCUAAAAAUGUGCCAGCUGGUUUAAUAACUGCAGAAGAAGUAGAAUAUUUCGCUAACCAUUUUAAUAUUCACAUAGAAUAUCAUGAUCGUGGCAAUAAUAAUUACCGUGUUGUUGGUGUCACAGUGGAUCCUAUUUCUAUAAAACGUGAUGAUUUUGAAUCUUGCACACCAACUGGUAAUCAAUUGCAUUUGAAUGAAAAUGCUGAAAAUCAAGUAUUAUUUACUUAUUCUGUUGAUUUUAUUAAAUCUGAAACUGCUUGGGCAACAAGGUGGGAUAAAUAUUUACAUACUUACGAUCCUUCUAUUCAAUGGUUUUCCUUGAUUAAUUUUACAAUUGUAGUUGUAUUAUUAUCGACCAUUGUUAUUCAUGCUCUAUUACGUGCUUUGAAAAAAGAUAUUUCUCGUUACACUGAUUUGAAUUUGGAUAACUCCUUUACUGAAGAUUCUGGCUGGAAAUUAACCCAUGGUGAUGUUUUCCGUAUGCCACGUAAAGCCAUGGUUCUAUCUAUUUAUGUGGGUUCUGGUGUUCAAUUAUUUUUAAUGAUUUUAUGUUGUCUAACUGUUGCUGCAUUAGGGUUUAUGUCACCAAGUUAUAGAGGUGCUUUACCUACAUGCAUGUUUGUAUUAUAUGCUAUUUUUGGAUUUGUGGGUUCUUAUACUUCAAUGGGUGUUUAUAAAUUUUUCCACGGUCCAUAUUGGAAGGCAAAUAUGAUUUUAACUCCAUUAUUAGUCCCAGGUUCCAUGUUAUUAUUGAUUAUCUUUUUAAAUUUCUUUUUACUUGGGGUCCAUUCUUCCGGCACCAUUCCAGCAAGCACUAUCAUUUUAAUGAUUUGUUUGUGGCUACUUGUCUCGGUUCCUUUAAGUUUCUUAGGUUCCUUUGUAGCAUUUAAAAAAUGUAAUUGGAAUGAUAACCCUACCACAGUUAAUGAAAUUCCUAGAGAAAUUCCAAUCCAGCCAUGGUAUAUGAGAAGUAUUCCAGUUGUUUUAUUGUCAGGUAUUGUUCCAUUUGGUGCUAUCGCUGUUGAAUUAUAUUUUAUUUAUUCAAGUUUAUGGUACAACAAGAUAUUCUAUAUGUUUGGUUUUCUAUUGGUAUCAUUCAUUUUAAUGAUAUUCACAAGUGUGUUAGUUUCUAUUAUUGUCGUUUAUCACUCAUUAUGCUUGGAAAAUUGGAGAUGGCAAUGGAGAAGUUUUGUUGCAGGUGGAUUGGGCUGUGCCUUUUAUAUCUUCUUAUAUUCAAUUGCUUUCACAAGAUUUAAGUUUACUGGCUUUGUAAGCAUAUUACUUUACAUGGGCUAUUCCUCUUUAAUUUGCGUUGUUUCUUGUUUAAUUACAGGUGCAGUGAGUUUCAUGUGUAAUAUGUUCUUCGUAAAAAGAAUUUUUACAUCGAUCAAGGUUCAUUAG